UACAUACAAAUAAAUCCCAAUUCAAAAUAAAAUAAUUAUAUUUAGCUAAUUUGUUGUCAAAUGAAGCUAGAAUAAUUAAAAUAAAAUAUAGAGGUUAAAAAAUACAAAAUAUAAAUAUAUGGGAAGCACAAACAAUAUUCUUGCUCACAAAAACAAUUACUUGUUUGUACAAACAAGUUUUAGUUAUUACUAUCCCAAUAUCAACAUCUUGCCUAUUGUUAGGUGCACAAUAAGCACAAGUACGAUAUCAAAAAGCAUGAGCUCUUCAUCAACAACCGAUAGACGUUCUGCAGGUUAUAAACCUAGCAUUUGGAAUCUUGAGUUCCUCGAGUCUUUGAAGAGGGAUUGUCACUUCAACAUAGAGGAUGAGUAUGCAAACAUAUUAGAGAGACUAAAAUGUGAGGUGAAGAAUAUGAUGGCCGAUGAAGAACUGAAACCUAAGACGGUUUUCAAGACAAUUGAUGAAAUUCAAAGAUUAGGUAUUGGAAAUCAUUUUGGGGAAGAUAUAGAGAGAGCAUUACGUAGAUUGGCAUGCAACUUUGGUGAUUUCAAUCUUGAUCUUCAUACGACUGCUUUGGGGUUCAGACUUCUUAGGCAAAAUGGUAUUUUUAUGUCUCAAGAGAUAUUUAAGAAAUUCAUGGAUGAAAACGAAAACUUUAAGCCCUCAUGCAAUGACAAAGAAGGGAUGAUAAGUUUGUACGAAGCCUCAUACCUUGGGUUUGAAGGGGAGCAUCUAUUGGACGAGGCCAAAACUUUCACCACGAAUCAUCUAACUAAUCAUUACAAGAAUAAUGAAGAUGAGAACUACACAUUAGGGCUUCCGUUACAAUAUAGAAUGCCAAGGCUCGAAGCUAGACACUACAUCGAAAAUCAUCCUUAUAAGAAUAAGGAUAUGGCUUUGCUCAAACUUUCCAUGCUCGACUUCAAUAGGACGCAAAUGAUGCAUCAACAUGACCUCCAUGAGAUGGCUUGGUGGUGGAAGGAUCUUGGAUUAUCAGAUAAAUUGAGCUUUGCUAGGGACAGACUAAUGGAGUGCUUUGUUUGGAGUGUUGGCACAACGUCUAAGCUUGAACUUAGCUCAUGCCGCGAGGUUUUAACAAAAGUCUUUAACUUCAUCACCAUUAUCGAUGACAUCUAUGAUGUUUAUGGAACCAUUGAUGAGCUUGAACUCUUUACCAAUGCCAUUGAGAGGUGGGACAUUAACGCUAUCGACGAGCUGCCAGCCUACAUGAAGCUAACCUUCCUUGCUUUAUACAACACAAUCAAUGAGAUAGGACAUCAAAUUCUCAAGCAAAAGGGUGUUAAUUGCAUCCCUUACCUUAAGAAGACAUGGGAAGAUUUGUGUAAAGCAUUUUUGGUGGAAGCUAAAUGGCUAUACAAUAGCCAAACUCCAACAUUUGAGGAAUAUAUCAACAAUGGAUGGGUUUCAGUCUCAGGGGUUGUAGCAUUAACACACGCAUUUUUCUUCGUAACUCCAGAAAUUACUUUGGAGGCUCUUCAUUGCUUACAAAACAACCACGACAUUUUACGUUUGCCUUCCAUGGUUUUCCGACUUUUCAACGACCUUGCCACUUUCGAGGCUGAAAUAGAAAGAGGAGAAACAGCAAAUGCAAUAUCAUGUUAUGCUAAACAAGAAGGUGGAUCACUGAAAGAUGCACGUAAACACGUCAAAAAGCUAAUCGACGAGAGCUGGAAAGGGCUUAAUAAAAUUCAAGUUGUUAACAACACUCCAUUUUCGAAAGAAUUUAUAGAAACCGCCAUGAAUCUUGCUCGAACCGCUCAAUGUUUCUACCAACAUGGAGAUGGUCAUGGAUCACCUGAACUCAUUAAGAAAAAGAUUUCUUCUAUCAUAGUUGAUCCCCUCCAAUUAUAAAAUUCUAUCCCCUUCUCGGAUUUAAUUAUCCCCAACCCGAGCUAUAAUGGGAUAAAUGUAUUAGGAAACGUUCUAUUCGACGUAUUUUAAUUUAUCAGACAAAAUAAGUUCAGAUAAGUUCAAUUAAAUUCAGAUAAUAUACUGUCAGCAAAAAUAAGUUUUUUUCAU